UCGGCGGGAGCGCGGAAGGGGCGAGUCAGUCGUUCGCCGGCGGCCAGGAGGUUGGCGGUGCCACGGGCCUCGGCUCUCCUCCCCUUUCCCCUCUAAGGAUGACUCAGAAGGAGAACGCCUACCCGUGGCCCUACGGCCGGCAAACGGCUCAGUGUGGCCUGAACACCCUGCCACAGAGAGUCCUCCAGAAGGACCCUACCACCCCGUCCUCGCUCGUCCUCAUGAGCCGCUCCAAUGCCCAGCCCACAGCUGCCCCUGGCCAGAACAGCAAUGGGACACCCAACUUAAUAGGCCUCUAUGUCUCUCCUCCCAGGCAUCCCAACAUCUUGCGUCUCUACAACUAUUUCUAUGACCGGCGAAGGAUCUACCUGAUUCUGGAGUAUGCCCCCCGCGGGGAGCUCUACAAGGAGCUGCAGAAGAGCCGCACUUUUGACCAGCAGCGAACAGCCACGAUCAUGGAGGAGCUGGCGGACGCGCUGAUGUACUGCCAGAAGAAGGUAAUUCACAGAGACAUAAAGCCGGAGAACCUGCUCCUGGGGCUCCAGGGGGAGCUGAAGAUUGCGGACUUUGGUUGGUCUGUACACGCCCCCUCCCUGAGGAGGAAGACCAUGUGUGGCACCCUGGACUACCUGCCUCCAGAGAUGAUUGAGGGGCGCACCCACAAUGAGAAGGUGGAUCUGUGGUGCAUCGGGGUGCUCUGCUACGAGCUGCUGGUGGGAAACCCCCCCUUUGAGAGCGCUUCACACAAUGAAACCUAUCGGCGCAUCGUCAAGGUGGACCUGAAGUUCCCCCCUUCUGUGCCCGUGGGAGCCCAGGACCUCAUCUCCAAGCUGCUCAAACAUAACCCCUCAGACCGUCUGCCUCUGGCCCAGGUCUCGGCCCACCCUUGGGUCCGGGCCCACUCUCGGAGGGUAUUGCCCCCCUCGGCCCUUCAGUCCGUCCACUGAAUCGUCUGUCCUUUCCUCAGCUGCGUCUGUUUGUAUGUCUGUAUAUAGUAUGUGUGGUUGGAAGGAGGGGUCUCUGGAUUGUUUCCUUAUCUGUCUCCUGCCUCCUUUUUAUUUAAUAAAGGCUGUAGCUUUUUGUAAUGACGAGUGCAGGUGUUAUAGGUGGAGACUUUGCUGGGGAUGAAGCUGUCCCCUGUGGGAACAGUUGCCCAGGGAUGCCAAGGAUGGGUACUGGGUUACUGCCCCGGGUAGCACCCUGCCCUCAGCUCUGAUACCAACCUGGUCAGCUCCCAGCCACCUUGUCCCGUCUUUUCUCUCCUCUGCUCUGACUCCCAGGGUCUCCGGGUGCUGGGACCUCGGCUGUACUCUGCUAAGCCUGACCUCUGCCCACCUCUUACUUCUCACUCUCAAUUGUCUGACCUCUAGUCUUCCUCUGGUUCAGCCCCUUGCCAACCUAGGAGCCACUGGACAGUGCUGUCCCUAGCAGUGGUGUUUUCCUGCUCUGGUCAGGAUCUAGUACGAGAGCAAAGAGAAGCAGCACUGAUGGUGUCUCAUUCCUGACUAAGGUUUCACUGUUAAGGAUGAUGUUUACGGUAGGUUUACCCUCAUUUGGCAGUCAAGGCAACUGAGACACAUGAUCUGCCCAAAGUCACACAACUAGCGAGUGGGGUAGCCCAGUUUUAAAACUCCGCAUUUAAUGGAGUAGUGGUGUAAUGCUGCCUUUUGACAGCAAGCACAUUGAUUAUGUAUAUAUGAUGUAUAUACACACACACACACACAUCACAGAAGUGGAGCAAGAUUUCGUUUUUGCUUUUACUAAGUAUAGCUUACAAACCUUUAUCAGGUUAAGGUAGGACUAUUCUCUUUCUACUUUGCAAAGGGUUUGGUUGUUUUGUAUCGGGUGUUGACUUUCAUCAAAUGUUUUUUCUGUAUUAAUUAUUUGCUCUUUCAAUCAAUGUGAUGAAAUACAUCAAUAAAUGUUCUAAUCUUUAUUUUA